GAUAUUUGUACAUUCUGUAUAAAAAUUCUUGCAUUGGUAGCUGCUGUGUCAGUUAUCACUCCUGAAACAAUAAUGGUGCGCGGAAACUCUCUUAUCAAUGACUUGAGACUUCUUAUUAAUAAUCCUCGGUACAGUGAUUUGGAAAUCAGGUGCAAAGAUAAUUCUGUUCUUUAUGGAAAUCGUGCAAUUCUUGCCGCUCGUUCCGAGGUAUUUGAGAGGAUGCUUUUUACAAGAUCUGAAGCUUCUGACAAGCAGGUUUCGUUUCCAAAAAUUGAGGCAUCAGCUAUGAAAAUUAUUCUUGAAUAUUUGUACACGGAAACAGUUUUGGAGAGGGACAUUACGACCAAUAAUGCUUUCGAAACCUUACAUGCGGCAGAUUUCUUUCAAUUAGAAAACCUUCAAGACUUUAUUUCUGAAUGUUAUAAAAAAAUGUGUGAGAAAGAGGGAAAUGAAAAUAAAUCACCCGAAUUAUUAUCUAAGGCAGUCCAGCUAAUGUCACCUUUAGCCGAUAAUGGUGUCAUUAACUAUUUAGCAGAUUCGGUAGCUAAAAUUCCUUUAGAUUCUAUUGAAUUCGAUAGAUUGUCACUUCAAGGUUUACAGUGCUUAUUGUCAAAGAGGAACGAAAAGAAAAUAUUUGCAUCUAGUGAAUAUUCUGUUUUACGAUUUACAAUUUUGUCAGCUGCGAGAAAAGUAUCCCAAGAAGCAUUUUCUAUUCUAGAAAAAAGAUUAUUAUUAUGGAGUGAAAUCAAGAAACUUGCCACAUCAAUUUCUGAUCUUAUAACUCCGGUCAUAGAGCAUAUUGAUUUUAGAAGGAUUAACGGAGAAAUUCUUGCAAAAGUAAUUGAACCGUUAAAUAUUAUUCCGUAUAAUAAAAUCAUGGGUUCCUAUCGAUUUCAAAUCUGUGAAAAAUCACCAUUAUCAGAAUACUAUGGCUCUCCUCAAAUUUCUGAUAUUAAAUGGGACAAAAAUGGCUGCGGUCCAGGUUUAAAUAUUAGCAACGAUGGAUAUACAGUUAGUGCAUCUCAAAAUACGAAUAGUCAUGUAAAUGUAAGAACCAGUGAUCUCAUGAGUAGCGGCACUCACGAAUUUCACGUUCUAAUCGAAAAAAGUUGUACUUAUGCGUGGGUUGGUGUUUGUGACGAAAGGCUUGAUUUGUCUACUUUUGCUGGAUCACAACAAUAUGGAUGGGUUCUAGGUUCAGGCGGAUUCUAUACAAAUAAAGGCUUAUAUGGCAUCAGUAAAAUCCCAGAUUUCCAUCAGGAUAAUGUGGAAAUCGUUGUGCACUUAAACAUGAAUAAUAAGACGGUCGCUUUUUCAGUCAACGGUACAAGGUAUCCACCAAUUACGUCAUGGACUAAUCUUCCAUCAAAACUUUAUUUUGUCGCCUCACUUAAGUAUCCGGGAAAGUUCAAAAUUUUAUGA